CCCAAUCCAAAUAGAUUGGACGUCACUGGCAGCCAAUUGCGCUCCUGAGGUGGUUGCUGAUGGCGAACCAUCUGCCGUGGCGUGGCCUGGCUAGACCACCUUCAUAACACAAUUUGCCCACAACUAUUGCUGAUCACUUCUCAGAAUUGGCAAAACAAAUGUUCCCUGACUCAAAGAUUGCAUCGGCUUUCCAUACAGGAGCAGCAGCAGUCUGACAGAGGAGCCUCCGCCUUCUUCCUCCUCUCUCCCACAAAGCUUCCUUCAUCUUCUUCCCUACUACACAUCCACCGGCAUCCUCCUCCUCCUCAUCAUCAUCCUCAUCAUCCAGCUUCCCUCUGAUGCCCGCCACUGAGGCUUUACUGCAGCUUGGAGCAUGGCGUGUAUCGGGGACGCGGACCCCUUCACCGCAGCCAUCCCCGCCACCAAAGUUGAACUCACCGUCUCGUGCAGAAACCUGCUGGACCGAGACACAUUCUCUAAAUCGGAUCCCAUUUGUGUGCUGUACACUCAGGGGAUAGCAAACAGGGAAUGGAGAGAGUUUGGCAGGACAGAAGUGAUCGACAACACACUCAACCCCGACUUUGUGCGGAAAUUUAUCGUGGAUUAUUUCUUUGAGGAGAGGCAAAAUCUACGUUUUGACCUGUACGAUUUGGACUGCAAGAGCGACAACCUCUCUAAACAUGAUUUCCUUGGCCAGGCCUUUUGCACGCUGGGCGAGAUCGUGGGCUCAUUGGGAAGCCGCUUGGAGAAAGUUUUGAUGGGUAUUCCUGGGAAGAAAUGCGGAACGUUGAUCGUGAGAGCCGAGGAGCUGAGCAACUGCCGGGAGUCGGUCAUGCUGCAGUUCUGCGGCAACAAAUUGGACAAGAAGGAUUUCUUUGGCAAGUCGGACCCUUUCCUCGUCUUCUACCGCAGUAAUGAAGACGGAUCAUUCACCAUUUGCCACAAGACAGAGGUGGUGAAGAACACUCUUGAUCCCGUGUGGCAGGCCUUCAAGAUUCCUGUUAGAGCACUCUGCAAUGGCGACUACGACAGGAGCAUCAAGGUGGAAGUGUACGACUGGGACAGAGAUGGGGGACAUGACUUUAUCGGCGACUUCACUACCAGCUACAGAGAAAUGUCUAGAAGCCAGUCACAGUUCCAUAUCUAUGAGGUGCUUAAUCCAAAGAAGAAAGGAAAGAAGAAGAAAAAGUACCAAAACUCGGGAACGGUGACCCUGCUAUCGUGCUUGGUGGACACCGAGCUGUCCUUCUUGGACUACAUCCGAGGCGGGACGCAGAUUAAUUUCACAGUGGCGAUCGAUUUCACGGCGUCAAACGGCAACCCGUCGCAGCCCACCUCUUUGCACUACAUGAGCCCAUACCAGCUGAACGACUACGCUAUGGCGCUACGGGCGGUGGGAGAGAUCAUCCAGGACUACGACAGCGACAAGAUGUUCCCGGCGCUCGGCUUCGGAGCCAAGCUGCCGCCUGACGGACGCGUCUCACACGAGUUCGCUCUGAAUGGCAACCCGCAGAAUCCGUAUUGUAGCGGCAUCGAGGGCGUGAUGGAGGCUUAUUAUCAGAGUCUCAAGUCAGUGCGUCUCUACGGGCCCACCCACUUCUCCCCGGUCAUCAACCACGUGGCCAGGUACGCAUCGGCAGUGACGGACGGCUCUCAAUACUUCAUCCUGCUCAUCAUCUCAGACGGCGUCAUCACUGACAUGGCUCAGACCAAAGAGUCUAUCGUCAAUGCCGCCUCUCUGCCCAUGUCAAUUAUAAUUGUCGGGGUCGGACCAGCGGAAUUUGAUGAAAUGAUUGAAUUAGAUGGCGAUGAGGAGCGGAUCUCUUCACAAGGACGUUUCGCCGAACGGGACAUUGUUCAGUUUGUUCCGUUCCGGGACUACAUCGACCGCAGGGGCAAUCACAUCCUCAGCAUGGCCCGGCUGGCUAAGGAAGUGCUGGCAGAAAUUCCCGACCAGUUUCUUUCUUAUAUGAGGACGCGGGGGAUUAAACCCGGUCCGCUGCCACCCCCUUACACACCAUGCCCCCCGCCGGCCCUCCACCCUCUUCUCACCAGACGGGUAAGCCGGAUCUAAGCUUCCGAGGCCUCGUCGUCUUCUUCUUCUUCCAAAUCUUCACUGGAAGCUUUUAAUCUGGCGGAUGACCGCCGUUGUCGGAAUGCCGUGCAGGUGGAUGCUUCCGGAACUGACAGUGGGAAUUGUCACUGGUUUAAGGGCGUGAGCUCAAAAGCUGUGAACUGUGAAAGAAAGGGACUGUAUUUGGGAUCCCACUUCUGUCACCAAAUUGUGUCUCUCCAUAUUUAAAUGUUUACAAGUUGAGACCUGGAAAAGGAGGAAACUACCAAUCAAUGUGAGGAUGCAGUAUGUGACUUUUUUCAUAUUUGAUAUUAAAUGGAGCAUGUACUAGUUAAAAGAAGCAUGCACUGUCAUCCUGCACUCAGGGCUUUGUCCCGCCACAUCGACUUGAACCAGCCUUACAUUUUGGCAGCGUUCUUCCACAAGGCAUUUUAGAACCAUGGCUAGGCAGUAAUUCACACCCUUGACUUCAUAAAAGGACUGCAGCAUGUCAUCAAAAUUUUGGUUUGCAUAACAUUUGUCUUCCUACCUCUUAGUGUGUUGCCAAAGUAUGUAAACCUGACUUUUUUUUCAGUCCUUUGAAUUUUGGCGGCUUGAUUUUUAACACAUUGGUUGCUCCCCCCUCCCCAAAAAAACAACAACUAGGAAGUGAAGCCAGUAGUGAGACUCCUAAAGUUGUAGUAGCAUUUAGAAAUAUUCCUUUCUUGAGAAAAACAAGAACUCCAUUGAUGAAGAUGGAUGAUGAUGAUCCAUUCUGACUGGGAGGGGGUGACAAAAAAUGUAUUACUCUCAACCCUCCCAGUCAAAAUGGAACCCACAUCUUGCAAUGUCAAUAGCAGCCAGUAAGUUAAUGAGACCCAUCGUAACAGUUUAUGCCUAUUGGAACUACCAACAUCCAUAAAAAUUUAUGAUUCCAUUCAUAAAUGACAGUAUACAUCUUACUCAGAGGUACCGCCAGACGCUAGUAAUUGUCAGUGACGUCAUAACGGUUGUUACUCUGGUGAGUUGUGACAACCUUUGGAACUGACUGUCGAUGAUAACUGAAUAUAAUUUAUGUCUCACAAUAUAGUACCUUUAGUAAGUGACGAAACCCAUUUUAAGUGAUUCGCACAAAGAUUCUCUGUGAGUUUUCAUCACAUCACGACAAGUAUUAGGUUUACAAAAAGUUCUACAUAUUACGGCUGUAGCGAGUGAUGCACUGUUCUGAAUUGAAACAGAUCAAAUACCCUUGUUUCGAAUUGAAUUGUGGCAGACUUUGAUAUCGGCAAAUAUCGUCGUCACUGCCCAUAGAAUCAAUGUUUUAUUGUGUCAUCAUUAAAUUGGUGAGUUUACGAUAUAUCAAUCAUUGCUCGGUUAAGCAAAGAUCCUGUCAAUUUUAUCAAAAAUACCAAUCAACAUCGUCAUCUUAUAGCCAUGCCAUUUUAUUAAAAAGAAUGGUUUUCAUUCAAAUGUCUGAAAUGUUUCUGCUGCAAGAUUGUCACCAACAUCAAAAUAAUCAAAUUUAAACAUCAGAAAAUCAAAUGUAUGGCUUAAAGUGAAACAUGACUGAUUUUGUUAAAUGUGAUAUCAAUAAGCGGAAAACAGACAAGACUGAAAACGCAGUUUCUGCUCUUGCACUCCUCUUUAAAAGAAACUGCAGUAUUUUAAGCCAAAACAACUGUUGUGUUUGAAAGAACAAUAUGUCUAUAUGCUGCCAUAGCAGAUUCAUAGCUCAAUAAGCCGCCGAACUAUUUUUGAUUUGUCCGUUUUACUCUGAAAACCCCCGUUUACAGACGUUGCGCAACCGCUUUUGUUUCAACCUAGCCAUAAAAAGAAGGUAAGUAGUUAAAUUUAUUAUUCAAUAUGUCUUUUUUAGCUUAGAAUCAUUAAUUGAUGUCUAAUAUUUACUUUGAAAAAAAAAAAAAAAAAAAAAAAAAAACAA